GGUUGAGUUUUGUGCCAGGUUUAUCUUUUAAUUCCCGAGAUGGCCACUACGAAAAACGAAAGCAUGAAAGUGGUGUGUCGUAUGCGCAUGCGCCGUCGUGUUGUUUUUGUUUGGUUUUCAUUUAAUGAACGUCUGAGUUUUGCAAAGAAUCUUCAGUUGUCAGUUUGAUCGAAAAUUUGUAAUUAAACUUUUUGUUAUCACUCGUGUCGACCUAUUGAAAAAAAUUCCACGAUGCCUUUGAAGCCGUUAUGGCCGAACUUGCAGCCUCGGGCGACUGAUCCGUUAUGGUUCAGUGCUGACAAACCCUGCGACAACGAAUCUGAAGUUUCAGCACUUGAAGUCGAGCACGAAACCUGGAAGGAACAAAUGCGGAGUAUUGGAUGCGAUCAAAUUCCCGUUGGAAAAACCGCUAGCGAUUUUCGUGGCUCCGAAGAAGAAGAAGAAGAGGAAGAGGAGGAGGAGGGGGAAGGUGAAGAAGAGGAAGAAUCAGAUACUCACGAAGAAGAGGAGGAAGAAUUUGACGAUAUUGAUAUGGAAGUAAGCUAUACGCAUCAGCAGCAAAGAUCCAGUCCGACGGACACGGUUACAGAUCCAGUGUCUAUAAGGAUGGUCAGCGCUCAUGCACCACGAUAUUCUUAAAACGAGAUGAACAAAAGACUGAAAUCAAUCGAUUUUGAUUGAAUUAUUUUCAAUUUAUUUUAUUUGUACAUUAAGUAUAAAGAUUUAUUUAUCUUACAUAAAUUUCCCAAUUAGAGCAUUUGAUCAUCAUCGACUUACUCUACGUGUCAUCGUUGUAUAGGGAGACAUCACCCAUUUUAAUUAAUUUCACAUGAAUAUAGAAAAACUUGCGAUUAUACACUAAAAAAUAUUGUUACACUAUUACAUCUUCUCCAUUACAAGGAUAGUGGAUUCAGCUGGUAGUGCAAGAAAAAAUAUAUUUUCAAUUGAAUUUCGGCUUUAACAGGAAAUCACAGUUUCCGAUAUUAUCCAAUUACCUUUUCUAGUUUCUCGUAUCGCACGCCAGAAAUCAUGAAUCCUUGAUUUUCAGAUUUAAUCCCCUGGCCCUCUCCUUUCCCUGCCCUGAGCCAGAGUACAAGAACGAAGAUUCUGAAUAAUCCUCUGUCCGGUCCUCAACGAUUGACAAUACUUGGGGAACCAACUUUUCAGUGAGUGUUUAGUUAUUGUAAUUUUAUGACUCAAUUUCUUAUUACCUGUCAGCAGUCAUACCUGAUGUCAGAUAAAACUCAUUGACACUGAUUGAAAGUUGUUGGUUUUGAAAAUUUGAGAGAAAAACUAAUUUUCCUUGAAUUUAUUUCUUGUCAGCAAACUUUCCACAUGUAUGCGUUCAAUUUCACAGUAGUUUUUAUUGAAUCGUACAAAAAAAUUAAUUCCUAACAAAUGUUGUUUUUCCUCAGUAACGUUUAUACAAAUAUAUUUGAUUUUGAAUUCACUGCAUUA